AACGUAACCAGUAGGUGACGCUGUGGUCCGGUCCACAUGUGACCCCUGCCUUUCUUUCUCAUCUUCGCCUCAGGAAAACCUCAUGUUUCUGACUUUAGCGCGCUACGUGAGGACUCCUCCACCCGAUAGGUGGUGGAAGAGGAGAUAUGUCUUCAACAACACAUGGAGAUUUUGGGGCCGACACAGAAACUGUUAUAAGAUAGCGAUCCAGUCCAUGCAGCACGCCUGGCGACAGGCUAAGAAGGGACGCCGAGAGAAGAAAAGAUUUGUGCGAGGGCUGUGGAUAGAACGACUCAAAGCGGCUUCAGAGGAACACGGUCUGCCCUACGAACAUCUAGUGGUUGGACUGGACAUGGCCCAGGUGCAGAUAGACAGGAAGGUGCUGACUCAUCUGGCCAUCUACGAACCCAAGACUUUCAAAUCCAUCGCAGAGAUCGCCAGAAUAUCGUACGGAGAGGGACUGAUGGCAGCGACCGGGAAACAACCAGAGGGGGUGUUUACAAGGAUUGUCCGCUGGGAGUAGGGGGGGGUUUGAUAGAGGUGGGGUUGUAAUAGAGGGGGUAUGGAAUCAUAUUCAAAAUGUGAAGAUAGUGAUGUUUAAAAACUGCUAUUGUGUGAUGUACCAUCUAAAAUGUACAAAAACAUGUAUGUGCACUACACCAUUAAUUUCCUUCUUAUUUUUGCCAUCACAGAAAAUUGCAAUUCUUUUCUAUCACUAACAUUAUAGCACCUUCUGUUAUCUUGCCCCUCAAAGUGAUAUGAGAACUAGUUUUUGAACAUAAGUUUGAAAUAAAGAGUAACAUCAGAUACAUCUCUGUGCAUCCAUUUCACAAAAUAGUUCCUUGUUACAUACAGAUGCUCUCUAUUGUUAAAUUUCACAAGUCAGAAUAAAGAGCAAGCAGUCAUGAAUUCCA